CCGCUGGCGUGUUGCGUGGUGUGUUGUUCUGGUGCUAAGUGUACUUGUGCUGUUCGUUCGAAGCCGCGCAAUGUUGCACCUGGACCGCCGCAGAAGGCUACUGCUAUUAAAGAAAAAAGUGAUCUUGAUUCAAAAGCAGCAAAGGGAAAAGAGACGCAGGUGGUGGGUGAGGCCUUCAUGGACAAAGCGUCACUCCGAGAGCGAGUUUUUUACGACGAUGCAGCAAAUGCGGCAAGGCGACACCCAAUACUUUCAUAAGUAUUAUCGGAUGCUGCCACAUCAAUUUGAUUUCAUUCUUCGGCUUCUCCAGAAAGACCUUAAAAGGUAGCAUGCUAUUAGGGAGCCAAUAAGCCCUGCUGAGCGACUGGCCAUGACACUCAGAUACCUUUCAUCUGGAGACCUCAUCCAGGAUAUUGCACUUGCUUUCAGAGUUGGCAUAUCUACGGCGCGCAUGGCUGUGAAGGUCACGUGCCAUGCUCUUUGGAUAAGGCUUCAGCCACUGUACAUGCCCGGAACUUACCCCAUUGUGCUGCUGGCAGUCGUUGACUGCAAUUACAAAUUUGUCAUGGUUGAUGUGGGGGCCUAUGGCAAGCAGAGCGAUGGAAGCGUUCUCGAACAGUCAAAGUUUGGCAAGCGGCUUCAACAAGGAAAGCUACAGCUGCCAAAGGACUUGCACCUUCCAAACACAAGACUUCCCGCUCCUUGUGUGUUUGUUGGGGACGAGGCCUUUCAGCUGAGGACUGAUUUCUUGAAGCCUUACCCAGGACGUGGUCCGAAUCCAAGAGGUGUGCCGAGAAUGCAUUUGGCAUUCUAGUCACAAGAUGGCGGAUUCUCGAAAGAACCAUGGGAGAGAGCCCAGCAAAUGCUGAGUGGAAUGUCAAGGCCAUGUGUGUGCUACACAACUUCCUCAUGGACGCUUACACAGCAAGUGAGGACUCCUACUGCGGUCCCGGCUAUGCAGACUCUGUGAGCCCCCUCGGGCAGCGGCGGGGUGGCAAGUGGCGACAGCAGCUCGUGCAAACACCCUUACAACUGGCUCGCACU